CCAGCGUACAUAGCUGCGCAGCUCUUGCUCUUGCACCUCCUCCUCACCCCUCGCGUCGUCGUAAUUACGCGGGCAGCACCACAUCCUUGUGCAGACAUGAAGCCGAGCGCCGCCGUGCUCCUCGCCGCCGUCGUGGCGCUGCUCUUGGUCUCCACAGUGCGUGGCGCCGACGACGACGAGUGUGGGUCACCAGAAUCGGCGGCGCACGAUCGCGCGCGGGCGAAGCCUCUCAAGAUCGCGGCUUUCUUCUCCAUCUUGGUCUGCGGCGCGCUGGGUUGCUCCCUGCCCGUGCUGGGGCGGCGCGUGCCCGCGCUCCGGCCCGACGGCGACAUCUUCUUCCUGGUCAAGGCGUUCGCGGCGGGGGUGAUCCUCGCCACAGGGUUCAUCCACAUCCUACCCGACGCGUUCGAGAACCUCAGGUCGCCCUGCCUGCCUGACAGCGGUCCGUGGAAGGACUUCCCGUUCGCAGGGCUCGGCGCCAUGGUCGGCGCCAUCGGCACGCUCGUCGUCGACACCCUCGCCACUGGGUACUUCACGCGCGCACACCUGAAAAAGGACGCUGCGACAGGGGGCGGUAGCGCUGCUGUCGUGGACGAGGAGAAACAGGCCGCUGCUGCCGCCGCCGCCGCCAGCGAGGAAGGUGGGGAGCACUUGCACGUCCUGCACACCCACGCGACGCACGGCCACGCGCACGGGUCGGCGGCGCUCGUCGCGGCUGUUGGCGGCUCCGAGGACGAAAAGGACACGGUCCGGCACCGCGUAAUCUCUCAGGUGCUUGAACUGGGUAUCGUGGUUCAUUCAGUGAUCAUCGGCAUCUCCCUCGGUGCGUCUCACGAUCCGGACACCAUCAAACCUCUUGUGGUCGCCUUGAGCUUCCACCAGAUGUUCGAGGGCAUGGGUCUUGGUGGCUGCAUAGUUCAGGCAAAAUUCAGGGCGAGGUCCAUCGUGACCAUGAUCCUCUUCUUCUGUCUAACGACGCCGGUGGGCAUCCUCGUCGGCAUGGGCAUAUCGCGGGUGUACAACGAGAACAGCCCGACAGCGUUGGUGGUUGAGGGCAGUCUCAACUCGGUGGCUGCUGGGAUCCUCGUGUACAUGGCCCUCGUCGACCUCCUCGCCGAGGAUUUCAUGAACCCCAAGGUGCAGAGCAGGGGGAAGCUGCAGCUCGGCAUCAACAUCUCCAUGCUGCUCGGGGCAGGCCUCAUGUCCAUGCUCGCCAAAUGGGCGUAGCCUGAAGCAUGGGACACCGAACAGUUUUGCUCCGUGACAUGCGAGUUCCAAUAUGGCAGGAUGCAGAGAGGUACAUAGGACCGUUGCGUUGAAACGAGAGACUAUAUCUUUGUACAUGCUCCGUCUCCUAGACUGGGUUUGGAGUAUCAAUCGUGUAGAUUUUAGACCGAGAGUUGAGAAUGCGGGAAGUGUUGGUGCAUAUCUUGAGGGAUUAACUAUUUGUCCAACUUUGACAAAUCUUCAAAUAAAACAAGAAAUUUGCUAGAA